AUGUAUAAAUCCCUCCAGAGUCCAAGUGGCCACCUGGACCUGUUUGUUCGCUUCCUUCAUGGCCUCUGUCUGGAGUCCAACCAGAGAAUCUUAGGAGGUUUGUUGGGUCACACAGAGACCAGUCCAGAAACCAUCCAGAGAAUCAUCAACAACCUGAAGGAGAUGAACAGUGACAGAAUCUCUCCAGACAGAAGCAUCAACAUCUUCCACUGUCUGAUGGAGAUGAACGACCACUCAGUCCAUCAGCAGAUCCAACAGUUCCUGAAGUCAGAGAACAGAUCAGAGAAGGAACUCUCCUUGUUCCAGUGCUCAGCUCUGGCCUACAUGCUGCAGAUGGAGGAGGAGGUUUUGGAUGAGUUGGACCUGAACCAGUACAACACAUCAGAGGAGGGACGACAGAGACUGAUUCCAGCUGUGAGGAACUGCAGAAAGGCUCAACUUUCUAGGUGUGGACUCACAAAACAUCACUGUAAAGUUGUGGCCUCAGCUCUGAAGUCCAACCCGUCACAUCUGAGACAUCUGGACCUGAGUGACAACAACCUGCAGGACUCAGGAGUGAAGGUUCUGUCUGCUGGACUGGAGAGUCCUCACUGUCGACUGGAGACUCUGAGAUUGAGAUUCUGCUGGUUGUCAGAGAUCAGCUGUGAUUCUUUGGCCUCAGCUCUGAAGUCCAACCCUUCACAUCUGACAAAACUGGACCUGAGCUACAACGGCCUGCAGGAUUCAGGAGUGAAGCAUCUGUGUGGUUUUCUGGAGAAUUGUCAAUGUCGACUGGAGACUCUGAGAUUAAUUGGCUGCAGGUUGUCAGAGAUCAGCUGUGAUUUUCUAGCCUCAGCUCUGAAGUCCAACCCGUCACAUCUAAUUAAACUGGACCUGAGCAGGAACAUCCUGCAGGAUUCAGGAGUGAAGCAUCUGUGUGGUUUUCUGGAGAGUCGUCACUGUCGACUGGAGACUCUGAGAUUGAAGUCUUGCAGCUUGACGGAGAAGAGCUGUGAAUAUCUGGCCUCAGUACUGAUGUCUAGCCCCCUUCUCAAAGAACUGGAUCUGAGUUUUAAUUGGCUACAGGGUGUGGGAAUAAACCUGUUGUCUGAUGUUCUGAAUAGACCCGACUGUAAACUGACAAUUCUGAGAGUGGACAGUGGAAGAAACCUCAUUCUUCCUAUGGCAAGACCUGAAGCACCUCUUACACUGUCUCAUCUGACACUGGGUCCAAGUGAAACAAACACAGAGCCUCAUUUGUCAAAGAACACAGACGUGGUGAAGACAUCAGCAAAUUUUACACCCGAAGUUUUGAUGAUUAACUCUGAAGAAACUUCAUACAGGUUCAGCGUCCAGGGUCCAGGGACGUACCAGUGUGCUGUCACCCGGCUGGUGUUUAACAUGACUCAGCAGGGGCAGCUGUCAUACAGGAUCAUUCAGUGGGACGAGAGCCUCCUGCAGUCAGCUGGAAAGACACCUGCAGGUCCACUUUAUAGCAUCCAGUGCUCUGAGGAUGCUGUGUCUCAGCUGCACCUCCCUCACUGUGAAACACAACCUGAGCUCAUCACUGGGGGCCUGUCUGUUGCCCACUUUACUGAUGAUGGAAUGAGUAUCCUUGAGCCACUGCUUAUAACAAACACUCAUGUGGUUGUGGAUGUCCAUCACUUCUCUGCCUUUGGCUUGGUGUGGGAUCUAUUUAAAGGCUUGUUAAACAACCACAGUAUUCAAGGCCAGGUUCUGCUGUUCCAUCGCACUAAGAAAAAUCAAACAGUCAAUGUGUUCCUGCUGCCAGAAAACGUCCCUUUGAACGAGGUUAAAAAGCAGCAUGAGGAUGCUGAACACAUUGUUACACCUUCUUCCUGUCUCCUCAGUAAAGGUCAUACCUACAGUCUGCACUGUCCUGAGGCCUCCAGAGUCCAACCUGCAGCUUCACAGUUCAAGAACAACUAUGGACCAAAUUAUCACCCAGCUUUUGAGAUUCGACUCCGCUUAAGUACCGAGGAGGCAGCUGUUACCAUCUUAGACCAGAAGAAGACACCUGUGUGGAGCUACCAUGCAGAACUUACUGGUAAAUAA